UUAUGUUUUGAUAUUGGUGGCGACAUGUUUUGCUGUUGUUGAUUAAAAUUGUUGUUUUACUUUGUUUGUGCGUAUCAUAUACCCGCAUAUCUGUCUCUUACUUUAUAGUAAAGAUGGACACGGAUGAGGAGGGAGACAACAAUGACUGGGAUCGCAGCUUAGAGUCAGACAUGCUGGAGACAGAAGGAAGUAUCACUAACAGAGUUACUUCCAUAUCUCAUAAAGUGAUUCUGCAUUUUGACCUGGACUGCUUCUAUGCACAAGUUGAGAUGAUCCGAAAUCCAGCCCUCCGAACCAAACCUCUUGGCAUACAGCAGAAAUACAUUAUUGUGACAUGUAACUAUGUGGCGAGAGAACAAGGCGUGACCAAGCUGAUGUCAGUGACUGAUGCAGUGGAGAAAUGCCCACAGCUGGUGCUAGUGAAAGGAGAAGAUCUCACCAAUUACAGAGAGAUAUCCUACAAAGUCACUGACUUGCUGAUGUCAUACUGCCCCCUAGUGGAGAGGCUGGGCUUUGACGAAAACUACAUGGACGUUACAGAAAUAGUGGAGAGAAGACUGAAGGAGACCCGUAUUUCAGAUCUCUCCUUCAGUGGACACAUAUAUAAACAUGAAUGUGUGGCAGUUGAUGAGGAGAACGCCCGACUGGCUGUAGGCUCUGUGAUAGCAGCUGAGAUGAGACAAGCCAUCUUCAGCGUGCUGGGACUAACAGGCUGUGCUGGCAUCGCUAGCAACAAACUCUUGGCCAAGCUGGUGUCCGGCACCUUUAAACCCAACCAGCAAACCACCCUCCUGCCGUACAGCACUGCUGAGCUCAUGAGCAGCCUUACAGGACUUAUCAGAGUGCCUGGGAUUGGUUACAAGACACGUGAGAAGCUAAAGGCUCUGGGUCUGGUCAGUGUGAGAGAUCUACAGUUAUUUCCUCUGCCUGACCUGGUAAAGGAGUUUGGUGAAGGGACCGCUAAAAGAAUUCAAAACCUCGCCUGUGGCAUUGAUGAGUCUCCAGUCACAUCUGCGGGUCCUCCUCAGUCUCUCAGCGACGAGGACUCGUUCAAGAAAAUUUCAACACAAGAGGAAGUUGUGAAAAAAACUGAGGAACUACUCACCAGCCUGACUGAGAGGAUGCACAAAGACGGCAGGCAGCCACACACAUUCAGACUGACGAUUCGCCGAUACACGGUCACUAAUCGCUGGUUCAGUCGAGAGAGCCGACAGUGUCCGAUACCCAAACACACCGGGCUCAAGAUCACAUGCGGAAACAGUGAGGCUGUGCCCCAGUUACUGUCAUUGUCAGUGAAGCUCUUUCAUAAAAUGGUGGACACACGCGAACCGUUCCAUCUGACCCUGCUGAAUGUGUGUUUUAGUAACCUGCAGGCUAAAAGCUCCAGCAAGAGCUCCAUCGCCUCUUUCUUCACACAGAAAUCUCCUACAACAACACAAAUGACAUCACAACGGCAGGUGGAACCUUAUCUCUGUGAGUCUGUAGCAAAUUCCCAGUUUACUCAGGCAGAUGUUUUACAUAAAGAAGAUAAAACAUGGAACAGCAUUAAACCAAUAGAACACACGUUGAUAUCUCCAGCCCAAGUAUCACAAACACAGCCAACUUCAAUCAACCCCAUAUGUCCAAUGCAGCCUGUUUUUGAGCACUCACGAGUUACAAACAUGAACAUUAGAGAGUCUUGUAUGAGCGACGUUCCAGAGGAGACAUUGUGUUCCAAGCUGCCUCCAGGUGUCGAUCCGGAAGUAUUCAAACUGCUUCCUGGGCACAUUCAGAUGGAGCUGAUUACCGGUUUUCAAAAUAAAGACUAUGCAGAGCUCAUUUACGGAUCUGCUGACACAUCUUUUGAAGACGACCCAGCGGAUCAUUCCACGUUGACUUUUAACCAACCAAGAACACCUGAACGCUGUGAGUCAGCACUGAAUUAUCACAGAAAUUCUGCUUCUCAUAACCAUGAACUCGACAAGACCUUGUCAUCUGCUCAGUCCACAAUGGAAUUACAUUCUGGGCUCAUCAAAGACACGGAAAGUCAUGAUAUCCCACCCACCACUCAGGCUCCUCAAUCAGAUAUCCCUGCAAAUGUGGACCCUUAUGUAUUCUCACAACUUCCUGCUGAUGUGCAAAGGGAGUUACUGACAGAGUGGAAACAGCAGAAACCGGUCCUCAAAAUCCCGUCCAAACACUCGCAUAAAACCUCCGAUACCAAAGACAAGAAGAACGCUGCUAAAGGCAGCCAGUGUAACAACAUACUGAAAUACUUUAAACCCAACUGAGGACAGAAACACUUAAGUGUCUGUUUAUAAAAUCAGUUUAUUUUUA